AUGGUGGGAUCAGGUUCCUCGGGUGGAAAUUUACGAACUCCACAGUUCGAAUGUGCAAAUUACGAUUUUUGGGCUGUCAAAAUGGAGACUAUCUUCAUAGCACAUGAUCUAUGGGAUGUGGUAGAACUCGGAGUGCAACUGCAGCGGAUUUUCGAGGAGGAAGAAGUCUCUGGAGAGGAAGGAAGUGAGGCUGAGCAAGUUCUAGUGGAACCACCCAACAUCUCCAGAGAAGACAGAAUAAAAAACGCCAAGGCGCUGAGUCUCAUACAAGGAGCUAUAACAUAUGAGCUUUUCCCUCACAUCAGAAAUGAGAAGACUACAAAAGGGGCUUGGGACAUCCUGAGAAGAGAGUUCAGAGGAGAUAAAAAGUCUCUUGGUGAAGAUGUGUCUGAAAAAAGAAUUGUGCAGAAAUUAUUGAUGAGUCUAAGUAGGAGGUAUAAGUCCAUUGUGUCUAUUACUGAGGAAACUCGAGAUCUGGAUGCUAUUAGAGUUGAAGAGGUCAUUGCAUCUGUCAAAGUAUAUGAUAAAAGGGAAGACUUGCAUGAUGAAAGGGAUAAAUUGACAGGGACUAAGAGGGCUUUUAGUAGUCUCAGAGUUGGAAAUAAUCAAGUCACUGGUACCUACAAAAGUCCACAUAGUAGGCCAAAUCAAAAGUGGCAGGGACAAAACAAGAAGGGAUCAAAUUGGCCCCCAAGUGGGAAUUGGAACAACAAUUAUGGAGGAAAUUGGAAUAAUAGAUUCAAUUUACAGAACAAGCAAGGGAGUAGUAGUCAAAGUUCUGUAAAACCACAAUGUCAAGUGUGUCAGAAAUAUCAUUUUGGUGUGUGCAGAUACAAAGGAAAAGCCAAAUGUCGAAAGUGCAAUCGUUUUGGCCAUACUGCAAAGGAUUGUGAUGGUCACAAGCAAGUUGCCCACUGUGCAAAGGAAGAAGAAGUAACCACAGGAACCAUGUUCUAUGCUUGUCACUCAUCAAUUAUGCAAGAUAGAAGUGUAUGGUUUGUGGACAGCGCUUGCAGCAACAACAUGACAUCACAAGAUUUGCUUUAA